AUGUCAGCCACUCGAAUUAAGGUGGCAGUGAGGGCUCGGCCCUUCCUGCCUGAGGAGGAGGCCCGGGGCUACACCAACUCGCAGAUCGAGUUCUGCCCCGACCAGAAUGCAGUGGUCCUUCAGGACCAGCGCAAGUUCGCCUUCGAUCAGCUCUUUCCUCCCGGCCUCUCCCAGGAAGAGGUCUAUCGAGGCUGUAACGUCAGCCACCUGGUCAGCAAGCUAAUCGACGGCUACCACGCCACUCUCUUCGCCUACGGGCAGACCGCGUCAGGCAAGACCUACACGAUCGACGGCUUCGACUACAGCAAGGGCGAGCCCGUGGCCCCUAAAGAGAGCACCAGCGCUGGGAUGGUGCCACGGGCCGUACGCGAGAUCUUCAGCAGAGUCGGGAGCGGACUGACCGCGUACUCAGUGUAUGUCAGUUACAUGCAGCUCUACAACGAAAAAAUAUACGACCUUUUAAACCCUGCCUGUGGGGAGGGUGGGCUCAAGCUGCGCUGGACCAAGCAGGACCAGUUCUCGGUCGAGAACCUGUUCGUCUUUGAGUGCAGGACUGCGGACGACCUGCUCAAGCAUUUCCAGCGUGGACUCCGACAACGCAUCACCGCCAGCCAUCGUCUCAACAUGAGCUCAUCCAGGUCCCACGCUAUUCUUGAAAUCAGGGUGGAGUCUUUCGACAACAAGGCCCCAUCAGCCAUCCUGACCAGCAGGUUGGCGAUCGUGGACUUGGCGGGCUCGGAGCGGAUCGGCCUGACAGGGGCGGAGGGGCGGCAGGCCAAGGAGAGCAUCGACAUCAACAAGUCACUGUUCACCCUGCGACACGUGAUCAACACUCUCACCGAACAGUCGAAGGGCAAGCUGGGCAAGGACUUCGUUCCGUACAGGGACAGCAAGCUGACCUCAAUUCUGAAGCAGUCGAUAGGUGGCAACAGCUACUGCCUGAUGGUCGCCUGCAUCAACCCCCACGACGCCUUCUAUGAGGAAAACGUCUCCACCCUCACCUACGCCACCAAGACGGCCUACAUCACCAACCGCCCUGUCCGUAAUGACGAUCCUCAGACCAAGCAGGUUUCGGAGCUGCGCAGGCAGGUGGCGGAAUUGACUGCGGAGCUGGAGCAUGCCAACGAACACAUCCGCAUGAUUGACCAGGAGGUUCCGACCCCCUCCGAGAGCCCCCAGUACCAGAACUUCUCGGAGCACCUGGUGGACUCCAUCCGCAUGAAGGAAAACGAGCAGUUGAAGGAAGCAGACCAAGACGACGCAGCGGGGGUGGACGUCUGGCGGAAGGGGUUCGGGGUGCACAUCGGGGAAAACGCAUUCGAGUCGUUCAACUCGGUGGAGAUAAACCAGUUUUACAUAAACGAGACGGGGAUGGACUCGAUGCCGACCAACUUCAACCGCAGGGAGUCGUCGGCCAGCAACCCCGGGGACCGCAUGCUGCAGCGCUACCGGCACGUCAUGACCGCGGGCGGGGGCAAGCGCCCGCCCCGCCCCAUGGCCCAGACCUAUUACUGA